AUGGAGUGGAGAGCUAGUCAGGAUGUGAUUGAACCGCCGGUGAGGACGGGGACGUCGAGCAAGAGGCUAAAGGAGGAGCUGCUGCUGUUGGCUCGUCAAAGCAGACCGGACGAGGUUCUCCUCCUGCUUGAACGUGUCCCAACGGCUGGUGAUGCUCUCCGCCUCUUGAAGGAUGUGGAAGAAGAACUUCACCGAAGGGGCCAGACUGACGCUGCCGCCACCAUCUCCUCUCUCUGUCCUGUCGCUCCUCAUGCCGGAGCGGUGCGAGGGAGGAAGGAAGAAGUGCGAAGGAGGAAGGAGGCCUUGGCCACGCUCAAGAUCUGCAUCAAGCGAGCGGAGGGCCUUGCGGUGAAGGACGGGCUGACGGGGAGCUCAGAUCCCUUCUGUGAGAUGCUGCUCAAGGACGGGACGACGGGGAGGAGGAGAGUUGUCUCCCAGCACGUCACGAGCCGGAAGAUGCGAACGCUGAACCCCGUGUGGGAGGAGACGUUCCUGAUGGACCUCUUCUCGCCUGACUCCGAGCUCGAGCUCCUCGUCUACGACUGGGACGAGGACGGGAACGACUUCAUCGGGGGAGUGACCCUCGACCUCUCCCUCAAGCUGCGUGACAUGCUGCGAGAGCGAGAAGAGAUUGUCAGAAGCAACAUGAAGCUAGCACAGGAGGCCGCAGCUCCCUCCCUCUCCUCCUUCUCCCUCCACCACUCCUCCCUCUCCUCCUCCUUCGCCGGCAGGACGCUCAACAUGGCCAGCACUUGUCGCCCUCCGCUGCGAUCUGCAGGCAUCGCUGAAGUUUCCCGUCAGCCCCUUCAGCUCCGAACGUCGUUGGUUGCAGGGAAGAUCGAAGAGCAUGCAACAACGCUGCUGCCUCGAAGCAGUGAGAGGCAGGAGGGUCAGGAGGGGCAGGAGGGGCAGGAGGGGCAGGAGGGGCAGGAGGGGCAGGAGGGGCAGGGUGUCUUGUUCUUCUCUACCUCACUUCGGCUUCACGAAGAAACUCUGAGCGUCGCUCGCCAGCAGCUCUACCCCCGACAAGGCUUCGAGCGCGUGACGUCAGACGCGCGCAAGUGGGAAGAGGAAGAGUUUCUGUACAGCAGGAGCAAGCAAGACGCGCUCUUCUACAAGACGAGGAGGCUCACAAGCGACGUGCUGUGGCCGACAGACAAGCAGCAGCUCACAUUUCCCUACGAGACGAUGAUGCGAGAGAGGAGGAGAAGCGUAGAGCAGCAGCAGCUCAGUUACUUUGGGCGGCGGGAGGAGGACGAGAAGGAGGAGCACCGCAAAGCUUUCUUCCUCUACUUCAACCAGGGCAAGCGGUACUUCGCUCGUCGCGCCCUGAGAGAGGCGACGGAGCAGCUGGAGAAGGCGUUGAGCAUCGCCGAGGAGCAAGCGAUGGCUGCUGAGACUCGCGCCUGCUUCAAGUGGCUCGGCGAUGCUUCUCUGCUCGCCGGAAACUUCAGGCGAGCGCGCGAGUACCACCAGAGGUACGAGGAGAAGAGGAAAGAGACCGGAUGCGCCAGCAGCUCUGAUGACGAGAGGUGGUGGGUUGAGCGGGCAAGGGAGAGGCUGGACGAGGCUGACUGGUCUGCUGGAGCCCCACGAGUGAAGAUGGAAGACAUCCGCGACCUCAUCGCUGACGUCAAGAGAGAUCCGAUCUGA